AUGCUCUCGUUUACACUCGGUCUCUUUACUUUACUUCUUUAUUUUGUGAAAACGAAUUCGAAGUCAGGUACAGAUCUAAGACUAGAUGUGUCUAAGCAAGUAUCUACGUCAACACCAGUGUUUACAACAGAAGAAACUCCUUAUCCAACAACUGCAAAUGCCAGCAAACCAACAACUACAUCAAUACCAACAGCUAACCAUGAAAAAGCAACAGUAACAUUUCUCAAUGUAACAGUCGAACAGUUUAACAAAACUACUUUUAAGCAAGUUGUUGCUGAACUCCUAUCUGUGCACUGCAAUGAAAGUGACAUGCAGUCAACAAACAGAACUGCUAUCAAUGUGACUGCUGCUGAUGUCAACAUUAUACGUACUAUUCCGGAUGGACCUGAUGUUCUAGUCUGCAUUACAGUCAGCCUCCCUGAUGGAGGAGGUACUGUUGCUGCAUCUAAAGUAGUGCUGGCUCUUAACACUAGCAGCGCAAGACAAAGGUUUCAAGCUGUUGGUUUGACAUUAGGCCACGUCUUUAUCAACAGUAUGGUUUCUUUUCCUAAUACUACUACAUCGGUAUCUUCAACUUUAUCAGAAACUCCACAUACCAACGAAUCAACAACUGUAUCAGGUAUUACAACAGCAUCAACACCCAUGUCUAACAGUGAAGGAACAACUUCAACUUUAUCGGAAACUCCACAUACCAACGAAUCAACAACUGUAUCGGGUAUUACAACAGCAUCAACACCCAUGGCUAACAGUGAAGGAACGACUUCAACUUUAUCGGAAACUCCACAUACCAACGAAUCAACAACUGUAUCGGGUAUUACAACAGCAUCAACACCCAUGGCUAACAGUGAAGGAACAACUUCAACUUUAUCGGAAACUCCACAUACCAACGAAUCAACAACUGUAUCGGGUAUUACCACAACAGCAUCAACACCCACAACUAACCGAGAAAGAACAACAGUAACGUUUCUCAAUGUAACAGCCGAACAGCUUAAUGAAACCAAGUUUAAGCAAGUUGUUGCUAAAUUUGUAUCUGCUUACUGCACUGAAAAUGAUGCAUGUUCACAGUCAACAAGCAAACCUGCCGUCAUCUUGACUGCUGCUGAUGUCAACCUUAUAUCUAUCACUCAGAAUGGAUUUGAUGUUGUAGUUGAUUUCACAGUCAGCCUGCCUGAUGGAGGAACUGCUGUUCCUGCAACUGCAGUAGUGAUGGCUCUUGACAAUAGUAGUGUAAAACAAGACUUUCAAGAUAUUGGUUUGUCAUUAGGCCAAGCCUGUAUCACCAACCCAACUAUUACAACAGCAUCAACACCCAUGGCUAACAGUGAAGGAACGACUUCAACUUUAUCGGAAACUCCACAUACCAACGAAUCAACAACUGUAUCGGGUAUUACAACAGCAUCAACACCCAUGGCUAACAGUGAAGGAACAACAGUAACGUUUCUCAAUGUAACAGCCGAACAGCUUAAUGAAACCAAGUUUAAGCAAGUUGUUGCUAAAUUUGUAUCUGCUUACUGCACUGAAAAUGAUGCAUGUUCACAGUCAACAAGCAAACCUGCCGUCAUCUUGACUGCUGCUGAUGUCAACCUUAUAUCUAUCACUCAGAAUGGAUUUGAUGUUGUAGUUGAUUUCACAGUCAGCCUGCCUGAUGGAGGAACUGCUGUUCCUGCAACUGCAGUAGUGAUGGCUCUUGACAAUAGUAGUGUAAAACAAGACUUUCAAGAUAUUGGUUUGUCAUUAGGCCAAGCCUGUAUCACCAACCCAACUAUUACAACAGCAUCAACACCCAUGGCUAACAGUGAAGGAACGACUUCAACUUUAUCGGAAACUCCACAUACCAACGAAUCAACAACUGUAUCGGGUAUUACAACAGCAUCAACACCCAUGGCUAACAGUGAAGGAACAACAGUAACGUUUCUCAAUGUAACAGCCGAACAGCUUAAUGAAACCAAGUUUAAGCAAGUUGUUGCUAAAUUUGUAUCUGCUUACUGCACUGAAAAUGAUGCAUGUUCACAGUCAACAAGCAAACCUGCCGUCAUCUUGACUGCUGCUGAUGUCAACCUUAGAUCUAUCACUCAGAAUGGAUCUGAUGUUGUAGUUGAUUUCACAGUCAGCCUGCCUGAUGGAGGAACUGCUGUUCCUGCAACUGCAGUAGUGAUGGCUCUUGACACUAGUAGUGUAAAACAAGACUUUCAAGAUAUUGGUUUGUCAUUAGGCCAAGUCUCUAUCACCAACCCAACUACUUCUCAACCUACCACACCCUCAGAUUCAGAUUCUGCUCUAACAACUGCCGGGAUCAUUGGUGUCGUUGUUGGUGCAGUUGGAGGUGUCAUUCUCAUCAUAAUCGUCAUUUUCUAUUGCAGCAUAGGUAAAACUACUACAAAAGUGAAACCAUCAAAUGAUGAUGAACUAGCACUGCAACCAAUGAAAGCUUCUGCUGAUCCUCACAUAAAAGACGAGAACUACACAGACACCGUUUAAUGAUGAAAAGUAUGACAUUUUCACACGACUAUAGUUCAUUUGAUUAGCUGUCGAGUUUGCAUAGCAGGUUGUGUUUUGCUUGUGUUUAUCUGCAUCUUAGAUGUGUCUUAGCACAAUUUUCCGACCAAGGGGUUUGGCUGUUACUGUACUCUAUAUCUAUUCCAGAUUUGACUAUAGAGAUAUUCCAUAAAAUAGGUGAAGUGAUUGUAACUUUGCGUUUUCUUUCUGCGGCAAAGACUUUUUCAACCUGUCUGUCUGAGAAAUGUGUCACUGAAGUUACUAUCAGAAGCAAUUUUAUCAACAAAAUGCGUGGUGUUGUCACCAAGGACACCUAAAA